AUGAAUUCUGAAUUUGAUAGUGACCGGACCUUGGUUCCAGAAAGUGACGUAAGUGAUCUUAAUAUCAAGUGUUCACCUCAGACACAGAGAAAUAAACAAUUAUCAAAUGAUGAAGAAAGUAACCUGAAGAUAUUAAAAGAGAUCAGGAAAGUGGAGAACGAAAUUGAUCGGGACAUCAGAGAGUUGGCCAAAAAGGAAGUUUUGUUGAAAAGAGCAGUAAAGGUACUUGAAACAUACAGCAAAGAAGUUAAAACACUUGAGUUAAUUGAAAAGUGGCGUGCCAUAUGUCAGUGUGGUAUGUCAUACUUACACAACAGUAUAUUGAUGAAAAUUGAUCGAAUGGGGGGAUACCAAGAAUAUAGAAAAAAGGAAAUGGAUGCUGCAAAACGUCAAUUAGAGUACUACUAUGACGAUGGUAUACAACAACAAAUGGAAGAUAUUCUAGAAUCACCUGAUUUCUUUCAUUUACCUGAAGAAGAAAAGAAUGAGAUCAGAGAUAGGAUAGACGAGAAGGUUAAGGAAGCAGAAGAAGAAAAGCAGAAACAAUUAAAAAAAAUUGAGAGUAAUUUCCAAGCGCAGGACGCUAAUGAAAUGACUCUGGAAGAAUUGGCCUCGAAAAUAAAAGUAGAUUUCAGCAUGGUGUACCCAACCCAAUAA